ACGAAACGGCGGGAAAUGCACUUGUAGCAGUUGCCUCUUGCGCGCGAAACGGAUAGAAUCUCUUCGUACAAUCUAUCCUAUUUAAACUAUUUACCAUUACACUUAAUCCUCGCAAUCUGGAUUCACUUCACUUCCGCCGAACGCCGCUAAACAGCUAUCAAAUCAUCGGAAGUUCAAAAUGCCGGCAAUCCCCGUCCGUCGUUCGCCACGCGUCUCCGGUGGUAGCGAAGUCGCCGGUCAAACGGUUAUUAGGAAUGAGAUCGGAGUCUCCACUCCUUCAAAACGCAAAAUCAGAUCCAAUUCCACUAGUGAAGACGAUGUAGUAACUUCAACUAUAACUCCAUCGCCCAUGGAAAUCUCUCCGUGCAAAUGGAAAUCACCGCGUCGAUGUGUCAAUGACAGCCCUAAGAUUCCUCCUAAUGUGAAUUGCGGAGAUAAAGCAAAAAAUGUGAGCAAAUCACCUGUGAAAAGGAGAUUAUCUGAAAGUUUUCUUGAGAAGCCUAUGUGGAAUCCAAGAGAUAUGGAGCAGUUAAAUGCAGUGAAGGAGGCAUUGCAUGUGUCUAGGGCCCCAUCAAAUCUGGUGUGUCGACAAGUUGAGCAGAAUAGAGUUCUGGAGUUUUGUAAGCAAGCUUUGGAAAAAGAGAAGGCUGGGAGUUUGUAUGUUUGUGGCUGCCCAGGAACUGGAAAGUCUUUGUCAAUGGAGAAGGUCAAAGAGGUCCUGGUUAAUUGGGCAGAUGAGUCUGGCUUUCAGGCUCCAGACAUAUUAUCCGUCAACUGCACUUCUCUGUCAAACACAUCUGAUAUUUUUGGCAAGAUACUUGAUAAAAUUCAACCACGGAGAAAGCUAAAUUGUUCAACAGCACCGUUGCAGUAUCUUCAGAAAAUGUUUUCUGAGAAGCAGCAGCCAGCGGGCACAAAGAUGCUGUUAAUAGUUGCUGAUGAGUUGGAUUAUUUAAUCACAAAAGACAGAGUCGUGCUUCAUGAGCUGUUCAUGCUAACAACGUCUCCUUUCUCCAGAUUUAUUCUGAUAGGAAUUGCUAAUGCAAUAGACCUAGCUGAUAAAUUUCUACCAAAGCUACAAUCCAUGAACUGCAAGCCUGCAGUUAUAACAUUUCGUGCCUAUUCUAAGGACCAGAUCAUCUCCAUUCUUCAGCAAAGAUUUGAGGCAUUUCCUUACACUGUCUUUCAGCCUCAAGCAUUGGAACUAUGUGCAAGGAAAGUUGCUUCUGCAUCCGGAGAUAUGAGGAAGGCUCUAUGGGUUUGCAGGAGCGCAAUUGAGAUGUUAGAAGCUGAAAUAAGAGAUUCUAUCAGCAGCCUUGAUUUACCAUCAUUACAUGGGAGAUUUUCUUAUCAACAGAGAGAUGGUGCUUGUGAUAAAUCACCUAUACACGAAAGCAAUGUUGUUAGGGUUGAUCAUGUGGCUAUUGCUUUAUCGAAGGCAUAUAGAUCACCAGUGGUGGAUACUAUACAAUCACUUCCACAACAUCAACAGAUUAUACUUUGCUCUGCUGUCAAGCUAUUCAGGGGGAAGAAGAAGGAUGCGACUAUAGGCGAGCUGAACAUCUCUUACCUUGAUGUCUGUAAAUCAACUUUAAUACCACCAGUUGGAAUCAUGGAGCUAUCAAGCAUGUGUAGAGUGCUAGGUGACCAGGGGAUUCUAAAGGUAGGAAAGGCUCGGGAAGAAAAGUUAAGUAGAGUAACUCUAAAGGUAGAUGAAGCAGACAUCACCUUUGCAUUGCAGGGAAUACGCUUCUUUCGAAAUUGUCUUCAGCAAGUAUGAUGAACAACUUAGUGCAAGAUUGUGAUUCUCUUUUAUUUAUUUCGUUGCUACAAACGGCCAAUUUAUGGUCCAGACAAGAAGACAUCAAACCUGGUCAAUGCGGCAAUGGAUAGAAGGAAGAACAUCUGGGUCCAUUUAAAUGUUGGCAUUUUCCUUGCGGCUGUCUUUAUCAUACUUUUAGUUCUCAAAGAUUUUAUUAUAGUUGGAAAAAAGUUAUAUAUAGGGAAAAUAGUGACAAAGAGAGUUGUAAAUGUACACUUACGUAGUUACGUGUAACAUAUAAAUUCUAGUGUAUUAUUACCGUAUGCUGAUUCUCAA